AUGAGGCACGACGAUCUUGCGGGCCGUGAGGGCCACCUAACUCAAGAGUUCAAAGGACGCUUCUGGAGACUCAGACAUCAGCACAGAGUCCGUGCCCAAGUUGCAGACCAGCAAUCCCAGUAUGAAGAUCAACAAGCCCAGGACUAUGACCAGCAAUCUCAGUACGAUCAACAGCAGUCAAAUUAUGACGACUAUCAAAAUGUCCAGCAGGGACAAGACUCUCUGACCACACGAGCUCUCAGCAACCCAGAUGUGACCAUCAUCCCACCAGUGAGGACAACUCUAGCUGUCAAGGCUGGAAAUCCCGCUCACAAUGGGCAAGUGUGUAGCACUUGGGGCAACUUCCACUUCAAGACCUUUGAUGGGGACAUCUACCAUUUCCCUGGAGUUUGCAACUAUGUCUUUGCCUCCCACUGCAAAUCUAACUAUGAAGACUUCAACAUCCAAAUACGGCGCACCACGGCUCAGAAUGCUACCAUUAUUAGCCGCGUUGUCAUCAAAAUUGAUGGAGUCAUCGUUGAACUGACGCAGGACUCCAUUCUUGUCAAUGAAAAACAUGUUCUGCUGCCUUUUACCUACUCAGGGAUCCUGAUUGAAAGAAGCAAUGGUUAUAUGAAAAUCAGUGCCAAAUUAGGCCUGCUUUUAGUGUGGAACCUAGAGGAUAACCUUCUGCUGGAACUGAAUGAGAAAUAUGCUAAUCAGACUUGUGGCCUUUGUGGCGACUUCAAUGGUAUCCCAAUAUACAAUGAAUUCAUUGCAAACAACGUCCAGCUGAAUCCUGUGCAGUUUGGAAACUUGCAAAAGAUGGAUGGACCCACGGAACAGUGCCAAGAUCCCGUCCCCUCGGCCCCACGCAAUUGCAGUCAACAGUUUAGUACUGUCUGCCAGACUGUAUUGACUGGUGAAGCCUUCCUGGGCUGCAACGCACUGGUUGACGUGCAAAGUUAUAUUGAUGCUUGCGUACAAGAUCUGUGCAGCUGCGAUUCAUCGAUGACGGACUUCUGCGUUUGUAACAACUUUGCCGAAUAUUCCCGGCAAUGUGCCCACUCUGGGGGGCAGCCCCUUGAAUGGAGAACUGAAGAAUUGUGUGCCAAGACAUGUCCUUUCAACAUGCAACACCGGGAAUGUGGAACGCCCUGCUCUGAUACUUGCACCAAUCCAGAAAGGUCCCAGCUCUGUGAAGAUCACUGCACAGAUGGCUGCUUCUGUCCCCCAGGAACUGUAUAUGAUGACAUUAACAAUGCGGGCUGCAUCCCUGUUAAGGACUGUCACUGCACUUACAAUGGGGACACUUAUGCUCCUGGAGCUUCUUUUGCAUCCAAGUGUACUUCCUGUACAUGUACUGGAGGCCAGUGGGCCUGUGUCAGCCUUUCAUGCCCUGGAAUAUGCACAAUUGAAGGAGGGUCCCACAUUUCAACAUUUGAUGAGAAACAGUAUUCCUUCUUUGGUGACUGUAGCUAUGUCUUUACUAAGCUCUGUGACAGCAAUGCUUUCACUGUUCUGGUCGAAAUCAGAAAGUGUGGCCUCACAGACACGGAGACAUGCUUGAAAGGUGUGGCCAUCAGCAUCGAUGGAGGUCAGACGGUAAUUGUGAUCAAGCCUUCUGGGGUUGUCUACGUGAAUAUGAUCCUCACCCAGCUGCCUGUCUCUGCAGCCAACGUCACCAUCUUCAGGCCAUCAUCAUUCUUCAUCAUGUUACAGACAAAUAUUGGCAUCACGUUAGAGGUCCAACUUGUACCUAUCAUGCAGAUCUUUGCACGCUUAGAUCCAGUUCACAAAGGACAUACAUGUGGUCUCUGUGGAAACUUCAACAGUAUCCAGACUGAUGACUUCAAAGCCAUCAGUGGGGUGGUAGAAGGAACCUCAGCAGCUUUUGCCAAUACCUGGAAAACACAGGCUGAUUGCCCAAAUGUCAAAAACAUAUUUGAGAACCCAUGUCUCCUCAGCAUAGAAAACGAAAAAUAUGCUCAGCACUGGUGUGGACUGCUGACAGACAGCAAUGGACCUUUUCAGAAGUGCCACGCCAUUGUAAACCCAGCUGCUUACCACACGAACUGCAUGUUUGACACCUGCAACUGCGAGAGAAGCGAGGACUGCUUGUGCGCUUCCCUCUCCGCCUACGUCAGGGCCUGUGCUGCCAAAGGAGUCCUUCUGAGCGGAUGGAGGACCAACAUCUGCACCAAAUACCAAGUAUGUCCCAAAACCCUGGUUUACCGCUAUAACAUCGAUUCAUGCCAACCCACCUGCCGAUCUCUGAGUGAGCCUGAUGUCACCUGCAAUAUUGAGUUCACCUCGGUGGACGGAUGCACCUGUGAAGAGGGGACAUACAUGGAUGAAAGUGGCAAAUGUAUACCUGCUACUAGCUGCCCUUGUUACUAUAAAGGGUCUCCCCUACCGUCUGGAGACGUAAUUCAUGAAAAUGGCGUCAUUUGCUCUUGCACACAAGGAAAGCUUCAGUGCAUUGGAGAGGUGAAGCCAGAACCAGUGUGUGAUGCUCCCAUGAUCUAUUUCGACUGCCGCAAUGCCACAGCAGGGGUCACCGGAGCUGAGUGUCAGAAGAGCUGUCAGACACUUGACAUGGAAUGCUAUAGCACACAAUGCGUUUCUGGCUGCAUGUGCCCCAAUGAACUGGUCUCAGAUGGCAAAGGUGGAUGUGUAGCUGCUGAAGAGUGCCCUUGUAUUCACAAUGAAGCCAUAUAUAAAUCAGGAGAUACCAUCAAGGUGAAAUGUAACACUUGUACAUGUAAGAAAAGAAUGUGGGAAUGCACCAACGAACCUUGCCUGGCGACAUGCUCAGUUUAUGGAGACGGCCAUUACAUCUCCUUCGAUGGCAAACGCUACAGCUUCAGUGGAGACUGCGAAUACACAUUGGUCCAGGAUCAUUGUGGUAAAAACAGCUCAAAGGCAGGAACUUUCAGAGUCAUCACGGAAAACAUUCCCUGUGGGACUACUGGGACCACCUGCUCAAAGGCCAUUAAAGUGUUUAUGGGAAAUUAUGAGCUAAUACUCACAGACGGCAAAUUUGAUGUGAUACAAAGAGCCCCAGGCGGUGAAGUGCCAUACAAAGUUCGAUACAUGGGCAUCUACAUGGUGGUUGACACGACAGCUGGUCUGGUCCUGAUGUGGGACAAGCAAACCAGCAUCUUCAUCAAACUUAGUCCAGAAUUUAAGGGUCAGGUAUGUGGACUUUGUGGAAACUAUGAUGGAAAUGACAUUAAUGAUUUCACCACCAGAAGCCAGUCCGUUGUAGGAGAUGUGCUUGAGUUUGGUAACAGCUGGAAGGCAUCUCCCACUUGCCCAGAUGCCAAAAAGAACAGGGAUCCUUGUACUGCAAACCCAUACAGGAAUUCGUGGGCCCAGAAGCAAUGCAGCAUCAUUACCAGCCAAGUGUUCGCUUCCUGCCACUCUCAGGUUGAGCCAACAAAAUACUACGACACAUGUGUGUCUGAUGCCUGUGCUUGUGACACUGGGGGAGAUUGUGAAUGUUUCUGCACGGCUGUAGCGGCCUAUGCUCAGGCAUGCAACGAGGCUGGUGUUUGCGUUGCUUGGAGAACACCGUCCAUCUGCCCUCUGUUCUGUGAUUACUACAAUCCACAAGGGGAGUGUGAGUGGCACUACAAACCUUGUGGCUCUCCUUGUAUGAAGACCUGCAGAAAUCCAAGUGGAAAAUGCCUACAUGAGUUACAGGGCUUGGAAGGCUGCUAUCCUCAGUGUCCAAACAAGACUCCUUAUUUUGAAGAAGAUGGCAUGGAGUGUGUCGAGUCUUGUGGUUGUUUUGAUGAUAGAGGAAAAUACUACAAGCCAGGAGCAAACAUGCCUUCAGAGCAGAACUGUCAAUCAUGCACCUGCGUAAUGAAUGACCAAAAGAAGUGUGUCUACAACGAAGAUGAAUGCUACUGCGUCUACGAAGGGCAGAAAAGCAAGCCCGGGGAGAUCAUCUACAAUACGACGGACGGCAUCGGAGGCUGCAUCACUGCAUUCUGCAGCCGCAAUGGAACCGUUGAGAGGAACAUCUUCCCAUGUCCAACUUCCACAACAGCUUCCACGACAUUUGUCUUUAGUACCACUUCACCAGCACCUACUACCCCAGUGUGCGACCAGCCCACCAGAAACAACGGCAAGCACACUCACUACUCCAACUCCAUCUACACCAACAGUUUCUCAGACUACAACACAAGCAUCAACAAAAACUAUUCCAGCAACAACAAAAACUACUACAACAACCACAGCCACUACUACUCCAGUUCCAGAAACUACUUCAACAGCUCCAACUACAGUUCCAGAAACUACAACAACAGUCACAACCACAACAACACCAAAUAUUCCUGUUCCAGAAACGACCACUACAGUUCCAGAAACUACAACAACGAUUACAACAACGACAGUUCUAGAAACUACCACAACAGUACCAGAAACAACCACAACAGUUACAACCACAUUACCAACAAGUACUGUUCCAGAAACUACUACAACAGUUCCAACAACUACAGUUCCGGAAACUACCACAAUUACAACCACAACAGAGCCAGAAACUACCACAACAGUCACAACCACAGCAACAACUACUCCCGUUCCAGAAACUACCACUACAGUUCCAGAAACUACCACAACAAUUACAACCACAACACUGCCAGAAACUACCACAACAGUAACAACCACAACAGUACCAGAAACUACCACAACAGUAACAACCACACCACCACCAACUACUCCCGUUCCAGAAAUUACCACUACAGUUCCAGAAACUACCACAACGAUUACAACCACAACACUGCCAGAAACUACCACAACAGUAACAACCACAACAGUACCAGAAACUACCACAACAGUAACAACAACAACUACUCCUGUUCCAGAAAUUACCACGACAGUUCCAGAAACUACCACAACAGUAACAACCACAACAGUGCCAGAAACUACCACAACAGUAACAACCACAACACCACCAACUACUCCAGUUCCAGGAACUACCACAACAGUUCCAAAAACUACCACAGCACCAACUACUACACUUCCAGAAACUACCACAACAGUCACAACCACAACAACACCUACUACUACAGUGAAACGAUUUAUAAUAAAACAGAUCACGAUGGUUGCCUUUUCUAUGCCAUCUGUACUGAAACAUGUUCUGUUGAAAGAUUCAAGGGGCUUUGCAAAUCAACAACACCCGAACCAACAACACCCGAACCAACAACACCCGAACCGACCACAACAGUCGAAACCACACCGGCCACCACCAGCACAGCCCCAGUCACCACCAGCACACCAGCACCCCGUGUACCCGGUUGUCCUGACGCUGUGCCACCCAGGAAGGAGGGUGAAACAUGGAUAUCCAAUUGUACCAAGUCAACUUGUGAAGGGAAUAACAAAAUUGUUGUAAACCAAGUGAAGUGCCCCCCAGUGGAGAAAAUAGUCUGUGAAAAUGGGUAUCCACCCGUGAAAGUCUUCAGCGACGAUGGCUGCUGUUACCACUAUGAAUGUGAAUGUGUUUGCAGCGGCUGGGGCGACCCUCACUAUAUCACAUUUGAUGGAACUUAUUACACCUUCCUGGACAACUGCACGUACGUGCUGGUGCAGCAGAUUACACCAAAAUACGGCGAUUUCAAGGUUCUCAUUGACAAUUACUUCUGCGAUGCAGAAGAUGGACUUUCCUGCCCUCAGUCUAUUAUUAUUUUCUACAAAUCUGCAAAAAUAGUGCUAACCCGCGAACUCUUUAAUGGAGCAGAGGCCAACAAGAUCUACUUCAACAACCAGAUUGUCAACCCCGGUUUCCAGAAAGAUGGCAUGUCUGUCUCCACGCUGGGUGUCAAUAUGAUGGUCGAGAUACCAGAGAUUGGGGCUACCGUCACCUUCAGUGGUUUAAUCUUCUCCAUAAAGCUUCCCUAUAGCAAAUUCGGCAACAAUACCGAAGGACAGUGUGGUACCUGCACAAACGACAAAAAAGAUGAGUGCCGCUUACCCAGUGGUGUGGUCACUGAUUGUCCCCGCAUGGCUCCCGCUUGGAGAGUCCCUAGUGACAAGAAAGAGUACUGCUCUACACCACCACCAGUACCUGCAACCACACCACCUCCACCACCAACUUGUAAACCCAGCCCUCUUUGCCAGAUGAUUUGGAGCGACAUCUUCUCGAAGUGCCAUGAUGUGAUACCUCCAAAACCUUUCUACCAAGGCUGUAACUUCGAUGCUUGCUAUAUGACCAAUACUUCCAUGCAGUGCUCUGGGCUGGAGAUAUAUGCUUCUCUUUGUGCCACUAAAGGUGUCUGUAUUGACUGGAGAGCAAAGACCAAUGGCUCCUGCCCAUUCACCUGUCCUAAAGGAAAAGUAUAUGAACCAUGUGGCCCUCUCAACCCUGCAACCUGUGACACAAAGUAA